UUGUCCCAUCUCGCACGCCGUACAAACGAGCAUCACGAGCCCUGGAGUGUGACAGUCGGUCGGAGAUCGUCAGAAACGGCCAGAGUCUCCACCAAAAUGUUGUGGUUUCUGGUGUUUUCGGUGUGGCUGCUCGCUGUGUGUGAAUCCACCGCCUGUCCGUGUGAGAGGCCGGAGCUCUGCGAGCCGAUCCGCCCGCAGAGGAGCUUCGAGGUGUUUGUGUUCGAUGUUGGUGGAAAGACGUGGAAAUCCUACAACUGGAGCAUGGUGACAACGGUGGCAGCGUUUGGAAAAUACGACGCCGAGCUCAUGUGUCACGCUCACUCCAAAGGGGCACGGGUAGUCCUCAAAGGUGAUGUUCCUCUCUCCUACAUUGUGGACCAAAGCAACAGGACGGCGUGGAUAAGAGAGAAGGUCGACCUGGCUAAGAGUCAGUUCAUGGAUGGGAUUAACAUCGAUAUCGAACAGGCGGUAGAAAAGGGCUCCCCAGAGUACCACGCCUUGUCAGAUCUGGUCAAGGAGACCACUGAGGCCUUCCACAGGGACAUCCCGGGCUCCCAGGUCUCUUUUGACGUCGCCUGGUCACCAAAAUGCGUGGACAAGCGCUGCUAUGAUUACGUCACCAUCGCCGAGUCCUGUGACCUGCUGUUUGUGAUGUCCUACGACGAGCAGAGUCAGAUCGCCGGGGACUGCAUCGCGAUGGCAAACGCGCCUCUCUCCCAGACGCUCAGAGCCUAUGACGACUAUUUAGACCUGAAGAUCGAUCCCAAGAAGCUGGUGAUGGGAGUGCCGUGGUACGGCUAUGACUACCCAUGUGUCAACCUCUCUCAGGAGGGCAUUUGCUAUAUCGAUAAAGUUCCUUUCCGUGGAGCUCCUUGCAGUGAUGCAGCUGGGCGUCAAAAGCCGUACAAGUGGAUCAUGAAACAGAUGAACAGCUCAUCUUCUGGCAGGAUGUGGGACGAUGAGCAGAAGGCUCCUUACUUCUAUUACAAGGACCAGAAAGGAGAGGUUCAUCAAGUCUGGUACGACGAUCCGCAGAGCAUUUGUCCCAAAGCGAACUCUGUGCGGGCCAAAGGACUGCGGGGCGUCGGCAUGUGGAACGGCAACAUCUUGGACUACGGAGACGAACCGGCUGCCAGGGAGCAGGCCGCUCUGAUGUGGAAUGCCCUGUUGGGAUGCUAG